UUCCAGAUUUCUACUUUCCCUUUAAAUCUCUCUCUAAACCCUGGUUUUUCCUGCAAAAUAAUGGAGAUUUUCCCCUCUCCAUUCGUAUUUUAGUGUUUUCUCCACUUCGAGGUGCUUUACUUUGGGGCUUUGCUGUUUCUAGGGUUGGGAUUUUGCAGUUGAUUUUCAUCUAUGGAAAUGAGAUCUGGAGGGAGAAAGCUUUCCUUUGAUCUUCUGGCCUAUGAGAACUCUGGUGAUGAAGAAAGCUCAUUGUCUCGUUCGUUUUCAGAUGCAGUGAGAGAAAACAUGGUGGACAGUGACCUAAUUUCUUCGACCAAGCAGCAUCGGCGCAAGAGAAGGUCGAAGAAGAAGAAACCCAAUGCUUCUGAUCCGGGUUUGGUCAGAAACGAUCUUCAUCCAACUGUUGAUCCCAGGGAUUUUGCAAAUGGGGAAUGUGCUGACCGAGAAAUAAACAGAAAUCGAGAGUUACAUACUUUGAAACAUUCAUGCCAUGAAAAUGGCGCUGAUAUGAAUGGCUUGGAAGUGGAAUUUAGAAUUAACGGGAUAUCAUCUAGUGUUUCUAAAGAAUCAGAGGAUUUUGCAAAUAGUGAGACUGUUUAUGAAUGUGUUGAUCAAAACUUUCAGAAAUUGUCGGUAACUGGUGUUUCUACUAUAGAAUUGAGGCAGAGACCAGUUAAUGGGAGUGUUCUAGAGCAGGUUCCAGAGAUGAGUGGGCCUGCAAAGACGGAUGAAGAGUCAGAACUAGAAGAGGAAGCAAAACGUCCAUUGGAAACCGUCCCUUCUCUGGACUGGAAAAGCCUAACGGCCAAUGAUUUGUCUCAUCCUUUACCAGUGGAUAAUUAUCCAUUACAAUAUUUUAUGGGAGAAAUAUAUGGCGGCAAUUCUUUACGGAGCACAACAUCAGUCGCAAAUGAAAAAAAGAGGCGAAGGGUCUACAAUACAAUGUUCCAUGUUCCAUGGAGAUGUGAAUUGCUGAUAGAUGUUGGCUUCUUUGUUUGUGUGGAUUCAUUUCUUUCACUGUUGACUAUAAUGCCAGCUAGAAUUCUAAUGACCUUUUGGAGGUUUUUGAAUAUCAGGCAGUUCCAGAGACCUCGUGCAGCGGAAUUGUCUGAUUUUGGCUGUUUUGUCGUUCUAGUUUGUGGAGUAACCCUUUUACAGGCAACAGAUAUCAGUCUCAUUUAUCAUAUUAUCCGUGGACAGGGUACACUUAAACUUUAUGUGGUUUAUAAUGUGUUAGAGAUAUUUGAUAAACUCUGUCAAUCUUUCGGUGCGGAUGCUGUGCAAGUUCUGUUUAGCUCAGCAGAGGGAGUCGCAAGUUGUUCACCAGAAAACAUGACAUUCGAGCUAUUGAGAUUCAUUCUCGACCAAUCAAUCGCUGUUAUUGCGUUUAUUGUGCAUUCAUUUGUCUUGUUAGCUCAGGCAAUCACAUUAUCCACCUGCAUUAUAGCCCAUAACAAUGCAUUGCUUGCCCUACUAGUGUCUAAUAACUUUGCUGAGAUUAAGAGCAAUGUUUUCAAACGUGCCAGCAAGGAAAAUCUCCACAAGUUGGUAUAUUAUGACACCGUGGAGAGGUUCCACAUAAUGGCAUAUAUUAUUUUUGUACUAGCUCAAAAUAUUUUGGAGGCAGAGGGUCCAUGGUUCAAUAGUUUCCUAACUAAUGCCUUCCUCGUGUGUGCAAGCGAAGUGGCUGUUGAUAUUAUCAAGCAUUCUUUUCUUGCGAAGUUCAAUGAAGUAAAACCUGAAGCAUACUCGGAGUUCCUGGAGGAUCUAUGCAAACAGACUCUGGAUAUCCCUUCUGAAGAAGGCCGGAAGAACUUGACUUUUGUCCCACUUGCUCCAGCAUGUGUGGUUAUUAGAGUUCUUACUCCAAUAUAUGCAGCUCACCUUCCUUAUGGGCCACUACCUUGGAGGCUCUUUUGGAUUUCUGUCCUCACUUCCAUGACCUAUGCCAUGCUAGCCAUGCUUAAGAUUCUUGUGGGCUUAGGCUUGCGCAUGCAUGCUGCAUGGUAUGUCAACAGAUGCCGGCAGAAAAAGCACCAUCUCCACAUCGACUGAUAUAUGACAAGAUAUAGCGGCAAUUUUGGUGGUACCUCUAAAUUUAGAGAGAACACUCUCUUCCUUGAUUGAUGCUAUAUAUGGUGCCUCUACCGGCUGGUCCUCCAAAUUUUGCAGAAAACACCACCCCUCACCUUGAUCAAUGAGGGAAUAGAAAAUGGGCCAUUUCACAUGGACCCCUAAGUUCGGCAGUCCUCUGUAUACAUGUUGUGGGCGUUGAGUCUCGUGCUCCCCUCGUGCCAGAGUUGGUGUUUGUUUUGAAAGACAUGGCCUUGUUUUAGACAUGGUUGAGAAAUCGUUUUUAGAUUUUUGGUGGUACGUAACAUGAUCCCAGGAUUCUGCAGGUCUUGAAUAUUUGAGCUGAAUGUCAAAUGGAUAAAAUAUGAGAACUCCUGUUAUAAGUUUAUGGAUGCCGGAGUUCUAAUAAAAAUAUUUCCAGCAGUUUUUGCAGGAAGAUCUCUUCUAGAUUGCUUCUUUAUAUGAGA